AGAUUUCUGUCAUAGAAGAGAAGGUUCACACGUAUUUCUCAGACAGUCCAUGCUCUGGUAAAGGACUUAGGGACUUAUAAAACACUUUUGGUGUCACGGCUAUGUCUCUGAAGGUGGAGAACACUGCGAUUACCGGUGGAGUUAAGACACUGGCUGUUUCAGAUGGAGAGCUGAAUAUAUUGGAGCCAGGAAAGCGUGCAGGCACACAGUGCUCCAACAGUAACUCCAGUCUACCCAGUGUUCCCAGUGGAGGGCCCAGUGGAGUGGGUCAGGUGGCUAGCUGGGCCGUCAGUUUCGAGAGGCUGCUGGAAGAUCCGCUGGGAGUUCACUAUUUCACUGCAUUUUUGAAGUCUGAGGUCAGUGUGGAGAACAUCCUAUUCUGGCUCGCAUGUGAGAAUUUCCGCAAGAUACCCGCCAGCAAUACUGAACAGUUGAGCAGGGAAGCUCUGUCAAUCUACAACAGUUACCUAUCAAACAGCGCAACAACACCUAUCAAUAUAGAUGACAAAGCUCGAGUAGAAGAAAAGGAUAUUCACAACCCUCAACCUGACAUCUUUCAGAAAGCUCAACAACAGAUCUUCAAGCUGAUGAAGUUUGACAGCUACACUCGCUUUGUUCGCUCACAGCUCUAUCAGAACUGCAUGCUGGCUAAUGUAGAGGGAAGACCUCUGCCAGAGCCCGGUCAACGCCCCAAACUGCCCCUCACCCCCAAACUCAGCAGCCCCUUAGCCAGAGAACAGCACAAAGCCGAGCAGAAAACGAAAGAGAAACUAAAAGCCAAGCCUAGCAAAACCGCAGAAGCUGAUGAUGUAGAGAGGAGGAAAGGCCCUCUGCAGGGGAAGAUGGGCUGGGAGAAGCGCAAAGAGAAAAGAGGAUCUUGGGGAGAGUCACAGUUUGCUGGGAGACCUGGAUCGUCUUACAGUGCAGAGUUAGUGGCUCGCUCUGCUGACACCAGCAGCACGGUGAAGACCAGGGCUGAUAAGUACUGCUGUGUGUAUCUGCCUGACGGCACGGCCUCGCUGACUCCUGCCCGGCCUGGUCUCUCCAUCCGCGGCAUGCUGACGGGCCUGUGUGAGAAAAGAGGCCUGCCUCUCUCUGACAUCAUCAUCUACCUGCACGGCAAAGACAAGCAACCCCUCUCUCUAGACCAAGACAGCUCAGUGUUGAAGGACCAGCAAGUGUUUCUGGAGCUGCGGGUGACGUUUGUUGUGGAAUUAGCAUUCACAGGGAAGCAGAAACCUAUCAUGGUGAAAUCCAAUAAGACCCUACAGGAGGCUCUGGCCUCAAUGCUCCAAAAGCACCGCCUUCGCCCACAGGAUGCCAUCAUCACCAUGAAAGGAAGCAAAGAGCCAAUAGGCAUGAACACAAUAGUCACCAACCUGGCCAACAAGACACUAAUCCUGGACAAAGUAAAAGGUGUGGAUCAAGGCCUCAACACAAGGGUUCCUCCUGCUCUCCAGACACGCAGAGGCGGCGUCGACAUUGAUGUGAGCACCUCGAGUUUUUACAGAUCAAAUCCCAGACAGAAAAACCCCAUCGUGAGGAGAACCUAUGAUAUGGAAGGGCUGGUGGAGCUCCUGAAUCGAGCCCAGGGAUGCAGUGCUGAUGACCAGCGAGGUCUCCUAAAGAAAGAGCACCUGAUGCUGCCUCAGUUCCUCCAGCUCCCUCUGGAAGUGACGGAUGAAGAGGACGACGAAGGCCGCAUGAGCUCACUGGAAGAGUCCGCCUCCAACAUGCCGUCCCUCGAAUCAGACCCCACGGAUUCCCCCAUGUCUUCACUUUGCUCCAUAGAGCCGGUGGACAGGAAACUGUCUGAGAAUCAGUGUUCUAACCCCUCCCGGGAAACCGUGGUAUGAACUUUAGCCCCCAUAUAACCCCAAAUGGAUCUCCACCCAUUUUCAGACUACAGGCACUGAACAUGGAAACAUGGACACUUGGAGGAUGGAGGUGUGAAGUGUGAUGCUAUAAGAUGUUUACAGUUGGUGUGGAGCGGCACAGUGUUAAUGUUCAGUUGAUUGUAUUUAUUAUGUCAAAUAUAUUCUUCAUUUUAAUUAAUACACUGGUUGUACUCUUGUGUUUACAUGAUCCUGUUUACAUGUGUUUUUAAUUGACUUUAAAAAUGAUUUCUAAAUACUGGACACCCAUAUUGAUGUGGGGUUACCAAUCUCUAAAUGGAGAUGGAGAGAUAAUUACAAAGGCUGAGUCAGUAAGAAGCCACAAAAGCACUUUUUCUAAGAAACAGGAUAUGGCGGCUUUCUAGAUGGCGGCCAUGAUCUGGAAGUAUCCUAAAAGAUCACCCAUUACUGGCUGGGUAUUCAGAUUUAUAAUUUAUCCGGUGUAUUUUAACUAUCCUGUAGAGUAACUGUCAAUGAUGCUUCUUGUAAAGUUACUUUAUGAAGGAUUAAUUGUAGGUUUACUACAUUUGCGAUUACUUGUAGAGGUUAAUACUUAAUUAAUGGGGAUUCAUUUCUGGAGAGUUACUUGUAGAUUAUUUUUAUAUAAAAACUGUUUUUGAGUUAAUGUUUGGGGAGAUGCAGUACAAGUCAAAUUUGAUACACCUUAAAUUCAGUGUUUUUUUAUUAUUUGAAAAAUAUCUGCAUUGUGGAUUAAUAGUAAAGUCAUCCAAACUAUGAAGAAAAACAUAUGGAAUUAUUUAAGCACAGAAAUGUUAAACUAACCAGAACAUGUUUUAUAUUUUAGAUUCUUCAAAGUAGCACCUUAGGCUUAGAUGGAGACAGUUUUGCACAUCUUCUCAGUCAUUUUUAUGAGCCAACUGUUGCUUCUUAAUGUGUUUGAAAGCAUCAGUUGUAAAGUUGUGAAGAGGUAGAGUAACCCUAUAUAAAAUAACUAUAAAUAAACCUCCCUGUAGUAAACCUAAAAGUAACCCUGCAUAUGCUAAACCCUGUAAUCAUCCAUAUACAGGUUCAGAAAAGUUACUUUAUUUCAGUAAUUUCAGUUCAAAAUGUGAAACUAUAUACAGUAUAUUGUACAGGUGUUUUACACACAGAGUGAUCUAUUUUAAGUGUUUGUUUCUUUUAUUGUUGCUUACAGCAAAUGAAAACCCAAAAAUCAGUGUCUUAGAAAAUUUAGAAUAAUAUAUAAGACCAAUUGGUGGUUUUGGUAGUGGGGGCAGUGUGCCAAGUCUGCAACUUAAUAAAAGUAUGAAGUGCUGUAAGAUUUUGUGGGAAAACACUGCACUGACUUUGGACUUGAUUUAACACAGUGGACCAACACCAGCAGAUGACAUGGCUCUUCAAACCAUCACUGAUCAUCAGUAAAUUAAGAGACCAGAGCGCGGAGGAAUGCUUCCCUUGACUCACAACUUUCAUGGCGAUGCGGAUUUCAUUUUCCAGCAGGAUUUGGCACACUGCCCACACUGCUAAAAAGUACCAAUUGGUCUUGUAUAAUAUUCUAACAUUCUUUGGGUUUGUAUUGACUGUAAGUCAUAAUAAUCAACUAUAAAAGAAAUAAACUGUUAACCCUUGUGUGGUGUUCAUAUUUUUGUUACUCGUUUACUUUAUUACUUGUAUUUAAUUCAGCAAAAUUAA